CCAAUCUGUCCAUCAUAUCCUAAUCUAAUCUUAUUUUCUGAACUUUUAUGAUACUUUAUUUCAGAUUGGAUAGUGAAACGAGUUCUCAAAAAUCCUAAAACACUACCAAACACCCUUGUAUUAACCAUACACAACCCCAGCAGGAACAUGUAUAGCAUGUCUUCUUCAUCCUGUCCUGUCUCCAAGAAGUUCAGUGUUUUUUAGCUACUUUCUGAAGCUCCUCCUUGUGAACCAACACAAAAUCAAGAACAAGAAGGUAGUACUGAAAAUGGGAGUGGAAUAUAGCUGCUGCACUUCAGGAUUCUUCAGUCGCAUUGGAAUAGUAGUGUUCUUGGUGUUGUUUGCUGGGAUGAUGUCUGGCCUCACUCUUGGCCUCAUGUCUAUGAGCCUCGUCGAGAUUGAAGUUCUUGCCAAGUCUGGAAAACCAAGUCAUCGUAAACAUGCUGCAAAGAUACUGCCAGUUGUUAGAAGACAGCACUUGCUGCUUUGCACUUUAUUGAUCUGUAAUGCUGCUGCCAUGGAGGCACUUCCAAUCUUUUUGGAUAGUUUGGUGACAGCUUGGGGAGCCAUAUUGAUUUCUGUCACUUUGAUCUUAUUAUUUGGUGAGAUUAUUCCUCAAGCUGUUUGUUCUAGAUAUGGUUUGGCUAUUGGUGCUGCAGUGGCUCCAUUUGUAAGGCUUCUUGUUUGGAUUUGCUUUCCUGUUGCAUAUCCUAUCAGCAAGCUAUUGGACUUUUCACUGGGUAAAGAACAUAAAGCUCUGUUCCGUAGAGCAGAACUGAAAACACUUGUAGAUUUUCAUGGCAAUGAGGCUGGAAAAGGAGGAGAGCUGACACGAGAUGAAACAACCAUAAUUCGAGGAGCACUGGAACUCACCGAGAAGGUCGCAAGAGAUGUCAUGACUCCCCUUUCUGAAACUUUUGCGAUCGAUAUUAAUGCUAAUCUCGACAGCAACUUGAUCAAGUUAAUUCUGGAGAAGGGGCAUAGCAGAGUGCCUGUGUUUUAUGAACACCCUGCAAAUAUCAUUGGCCUCGUGUUGGUGAAGAAUUUAAUAACUGGGCAUUCACCAGAUGGGGUACCAAUUAAGAACUUCCCCAUUCGGAAAUGUCCAAGGGUCUCAGAAACAAUGCCACUGUACGACAUACUAAAUGAUUUCCAGAAAGGUCACAGUCAUAUGGCCGUGGUAGUAAGAGAAAAGGAAAAUCCAGAGAAGCCCAUUAGCGGGAAUCAACUUGAGGGUAAGCAUUUACCUUCUUCAUAUCUAUUUAACUUGGUCGAUGAUACAUAUAACACAAAUGCACAUGCAGCAAGAGAUGUGAAAGUGGACAUCGAUGGUGAAAAUCAUCCACAGGAAAAGAGUUUAAAGAGCAAGAGAUCUCUGAAAAGGCUAAACACAUUUGUGGAUCGUAGUAAUUACCAUCGGAAGUUUUCUGGAAGUAAGAAAUGGUCCAAGGACUUCGACUCAGAGGUCCUGCAUAUUGCAGAUGACAUGCUGGCCAAGCUUACUGAAGAGGGGGAAGCAAUUGGCAUCAUAACACUUGAAGAUGUCAUUGAGGAGCUUUUACAGGAGGAAAUUUACGAUGAGACAGAUUAUCGUACUUAGAGAUCCUUUCCUAAACGUUAAAAGGAGUGAACUAUUACUUUGGAAAUGAUCAUUUGAAAGUUCAUACCUUACCAUUCCGGGGAUAGAUGUAAAAUAUCAGUUUCCAGUUUCCCAGUGAAGCUGCAAGCUGCAAUAAGCAUGUAGAAGAUUUAACCUUUCUCCUUGUGGAAAGUUUUUGCACACAAGGUCCCAUAUGUAGUUUCCUCGAUAAUGGAAUAGACCGAUCAAUGGCAUCAACUGCAAUAAACUGAAUCCAAAAACCAA